AUGAAGCGCGGUGACCGUUGCCGUCUGCUGUCUCUCCCGGACGAGCUUCUCGAGUCCAUCUUCAGUACCGUCACCCACCCAUCCGACCGUCGCAACGUCGCUCUCGUCUGCUCUCGCCUCCGCCGCAUCUCGCGCCGCACGCCCCACUCGCUCCUCGUCGAAUUCAUCCCUCAUCACCACCGGCAUUCUAGCGUCCGGGAUUGGUUGGGCGACUUCGACGAUAAAACAAGGGCGUUUCCCAACAUUACCAGUCUGACAGUGCGCGUCACGGAUACCCUGCGAGACUACCUACUGGCGGGUAUUGGCGCCACGUGCGGGCAGCUGAAAGAGUUAAAGCUGUUGGCGGUGGACUGGGGGAGGUUCGAAGCCACUGCUGUCACUCCAACGAACCACUCUCUGCCACCAGCACUCGCCCUUGCCAUGCCCCCUCUCAUCAACCCAACCCCCCUCUUCCCCAUCCUUCCUCUCCCCCCUCUCCCUACCCUCCCCCCCACCACCCUCCUCUGUCUCUCCCCAUUCGCCCGCCCGGACCACCUUCUUCUCUUCCAGCCAGCUGGCUCAUCUGGAGUCAGCUUGCGUUUCUCCCGCGAUUCAUCCCGCUACCUCUACGAAGAUACCCCCGCCCUGCCGCCUCUCCACGCCUUCCCUUCCCUCCGCGCCCUCACCCUCAGCUUCCGCCCAAAGGAAAUCUCCCCCCUCCUCCGCUGCUCCGCGCUCACCUCUCUCUCCCUCUGGCAGCCCACAGGCAGCGACCUUGCCUGCCUCGCCUCCUCCUCCUCCGCCUUCCGCUCGUCUCUCCAAUCCCUCACCAUUCGAUCUGCCGACUUAACAAACCACCUUCCUUGCGUCUCCUCCUUCACUCUCCUUUCCUCCCUCUCCCUCCACUCGUGCAUGUUCGACCCAUGCGAGCUUCAUUCCCUCUCGCGCUCCCUCCACUCCCUCACGCACUUCACCAUUCACGGUUGCCCGCUGGCCUGCUGUCGUGCAGUGGCAACAAUGGUUCGAGCCAACCCCUCCCUCUCCACGCUCUCUCUCUCCGGCACCACCUACCGUCUCUUCAUUCCCAGGCCCCUAUCCACCGUGCUUCGUCUGUCGUCCCGUAAGCUUCAGACGCUCACGCUUUCGGGUCUGCCGUCGUUCCGCCCGGGUAUGCUUGCGGGGUGCAGCAGCCUUGAGUCGCUCACUCUCGAACGAGCAGAGGGGUCGCUGGAAGGGCUGCUGGGCAUGCUCGUGCGGGUGGAGGAGGCGGAGGGAGGGGCGGAACGAGGUGCGGAUACGCCUUCGGGUGCGGGUGCGGAUGCGGGUGCGGGUGCUCCUACAGCGGCGGCGGAGGGGGGGAUCAGUGGAAGACAGAGAACCUACGUUGAUAUCCGCACAGCAGCAGCAGCGGCGCAUGCCGACGCGGCCUCAGCAUGGAGCGACGCGCGCCGGCUGCUCAAGCGGGCGGGGCAGUUCCAAACCCAUUCCGCACACCAACACGAGUCUGUGCAAUGCGUGAAGUCCGCUAUCAGUGCGGUCCUGAGUGCCAUUGCUGCCUGCAGGUAUGCCUCUGCUGGGGUGUGGGAUGCAAACGCUGCGAGAGAGAAGGCACGCGCUGUCGCACGAAUCUCCACCGCUGCUGCUGCUGCCGGCACCUCGGGGAUACUCUCUGCGCAGCUUACUGGAGAAGAGGAAGAGGAGAAUGGGGAGAUUGGAGAAGACACUAUGCUGUUUAGUGGCUACGAGGAGUACAGUGCUGGGGCAACCCCAAAUGCGGUUCACAACGGUACGGAGGAGUCAGAGGCAGGUGACGGUGAGGCCGUGACUGUGAUGUCUCGUGAGGAGCUGCUUGUGGUGCUGGAGAGUCUUUCGGAGCAGCUGCGCCUGCGACUCUCGGUUAUGCAUGAGAGCGCUGAUUCGCUGCUCCGGUGGGAGAAUGUUGCGGACCAAGCAGAAGCGCCAGCAGCAGUUGCAGCAGCAGCAGCAGCAGCAGCAGCAGUUGAGGCGCCAGCAGAAGUGGUGCCAGGGGUGCAAGAGGAGGGAGCACAAAGGGAGGAAGCUGAAGGGGAGGGAAGAGGAGGGGGAGAGUCAUGCAGCAGCUCCGCAGCAGCUAUGGCGUUUUCCCGUGCUCCUCCCUGCUCUACGCUUCGCCCCGCAAUCUCCCUUUCCUUCCCCGGUUCCACCCUCAGUGCUCCUCUGGCUCAGCAGCAGCAGUCGUUUGAGAGCAUUGCCUUGGCGGCUGUGUUUGGCGGGCUGAGGCGGUUGGCAGUGGUGCAGUGCGGUGGGGUGGUGGAGGAGCAGCUGAGGGCAGUGCUGCGUGCAUGCCGGGUGUUGGUGGAGCUGAGAGUAGAGCACUGUGACGCCAUGUCCGAUAAAGUGCUGCUCUCAUGCUCUCUCCACUCUCUCACUCACGCCACGCUGGUCUCAUGCACACAGGUUACAGCUGCCGGUGUUGCCGGGCUGCUUGGGAGUUUUCCGGGGUUGAGGUACUUAAAGGUGGAGGGGGAAAAGGUAUCUGAACGGGCUCGGAGGAAGCUGCUGCGUGCUGGUGUCGUUGUUAGGGGGUGCGAGUUUGACGUUGGCAUGGGAGUGGCCCACUGUACAAGGCGCAUCGUUGUAGUAAGGUAA